UUGUAAUGGCCGUAUUAUGUCAGUCUGCCCUGAAUCUGAAGCUCAUCACCUCAUCCUCUUCCUCAAGCAAUCGCAAUGCCAAUCCCAAUCCCAAUCCCUCCUCCAGAUUAAAUCUCUCCCGCACUGAGCCCCCACCCGUUUUCACCUCUGUCAAGACCUUUGCUCCCGCCACCGUCGCCAAUCUCGGCCCUGGUUUCGACUUCCUUGGCUGCGCUGUCGACGGCAUCGGCGACUUCGUCACUCUCCGCCUUGACCCCGACGUCCACCCUGGCGAGGUUUCUAUUUCUGACAUCUCCGGCGCCGGAAAGAAGCUCAGAAGAAACCCCCUCUGGAAUUGCUCUGGCAUCGCCGCCAUCUCCGUCAUGAAGAUGCUCAACAUUCGAUCGGUGGGCCUUUCUCUCUCCAUUCACAAGGGCUUGCCCUUGGGCAGUGGUCUCGGGUCCAGCGCCGCUAGUGCAGCUGCUGCUGCCGUUGCUGUCAACGAGCUUUUUGGCCGCCCACUGACCCUGACUGACCUCGUGCUUGCUGGGUUAGAAUCGGAAUCCAAGGUCUCCGGUUACCAUGCCGACAAUGUGGCACCUGCUAUUAUGGGGGGUUUCGUAUUGAUCCGGAGUUACCAUCCUCUUGAAUUAAUUCAGUUGAACUUCCCUCCUGAAAAAGACCUCUUCUUUGUGCUGGUGUAUCCGGAAUUCGAGGCCCCAACAAAGAAAAUGAGGGAGGCACUGCCGCAAAAACUAACCAUGUCCCAUCAUAUUUGGAACUGUAGUCAGGCAGGUGCAUUGGUCGCGUCCGUGCUGCUGGGAGACGUGUCUGGUUUUGGUAAGGCAAUGUCCUCCGAUAAAAUAGUGGAGCCACGGAGAGCACCACUAAUUCCAGGAAUGGAGGGAGUGAAGAGGGCAGCAAUGGAAGCAGGGGCUUUUGGCUCCACCAUUAGCGGAGCUGGGCCAACAGCAGUUGCAGUGACCGACAACGAGGAGACAGGGAGAGACAUUGGGCAAAGAAUGGUAGAGGCUUUUCUGAAACAAGGCAAGCUGAAGUCCUUGGCAAUGGUGAAGAAGCUCGACCGUGUUGGUGCCAGGCUUGUCAGUGGCCAUCCCAUAUGAUUUCUGCACUAAUUGUUAUGCUGCUUGUUGGUGAACACUAAUCACAAAAGUGGCUCGCUGCUUGAACUGCCAAAUAAUGGAACAAUGCCUCCUAGUGUGAGAAAUGACUGCUCGGCAAAUUGGCACCAAAUUGUCAUAUUAGCAGGAAAAAGGGGCAUUGUGUGAUGCCUCAUGUUUGGUUGUCAUGCAAGAAGAGUGAAUGCUAUCAACUCAUCUAAAAGUAGAAUCUGCAUUAUCUUAGUAACAUUUAUACUAGCAUUCAGUUUGCCUUAAAGUCAUCAUUCCUAUCCCUGGCUGCGAGUCUUGCCACUCCGAACAUCUGCUAAGUUUGAAGAAUUUUUUUGAAGUUCCAUUUGCAUCAAUUCUGAAUUUUCUGUAUAGAGCUCAUAAUU